GAAGGGUUUUUUUUUUUUUGUGUCGUCGUUGGAGAAACAGGAGCAGAGAAAUUAUGGCGAGGUCGACAUCCAAGGAUACUCAAGCCCUCUUCCAGUCUCUUCGUUCGGCCUACGCCGCUACACCCACAAAUCUCAAGAUAAUCGAUCUCUACGUGACUUUUGCGAUUUUCACAGCGUUGAUUCAGAUUGUUUACAUGGCAAUUGUUGGAUCUUUCCCAUUCAAUUCUUUCCUUUCAGGAGUCCUUUCUUGUGUGGGGACAGCAGUCCUAGCUGUUUGCCUUCGCAUUCAGGUUAACAAAGAGAACAAGGAAUUCAAGGACUUGCCACCAGAACGUGCAUUUGCCGACUUUGUGCUCUGCAAUUUGGUGCUCCAUUUGGUGAUCAUGAAUUUCAUUGGAUAGGUUGCAUUGCUGAACAUUGUAGUUUAGUUACAUUAAAUUUUGACGAUGGGUGGAUAUGCAUAUGCUGUUAUACUUUGGAUCACCAGAUUUAGCCUUCUGUUGGAAGUUGGAACUAUUAAUCUCUUCCAAAACCAUAUAGAAAAGUUCGAAUUGACAAUCUUCAAUUCCGCAUGGAAUUCUCUCUC